AUGGAGACCGAAGCUGCUGUCAGCGAUGGCGUCAAGGCCAGUGGGACGAAUACAGAUAACCACAAGGACGAUUCCAUGGCCCAUUCAAAGAGCAAAGUGGAAGGCACGAGGAAGCUAACUGACAUCUUUUGUAUAUCCAAGCUGAAGGUUUUUCUCCUGGCAUUAUUUUUUGCCUAUCUGAGCAAGACCAUGUCCGGGGCUUACAUAAACAGUAUGCUCACACAGAUCGAACGGCGGUUCAACAUCCCCACUUCACUAGUUGGCGUUAUUAGUGGCAGCUUUGAAAUGGGUAACUUGCUGGUGAUUGCCUUUGUGAGUUACCUGGGAGCAAAAUGUCAUAGACCUCGCCUGAUUGCUGUGGGUUGCACAGUUAUGGCCUUGGGGUGUUUUUUGAUAGGGCUGCCUCAUUUUCUGAUGGGAAGGUACCAGUAUGAAAAUGCUGCUUCUUUAUCAGAAAAUUCUUCUUCAUUCACGGCGGUUUGCCUUGCCAAUCAUACCAUGCCUACUGAACAAAGCUCAGAAGAAUGUGAAAGACAGGUUGGAUCCUUGAUGUGGGUGUUUGUAUUGGUGGGAAACAUCAUUCGAGGAGUCGGUGAAACUCCCAUCACCCCUUUAGGCAUUUCAUAUGUGGAAGAUUUCGCAAAAUCCGAAAAUUCUCCUCUCUACAUUGGCUGCCUACAGAUAGCGACUGUCCUGGGCCCGCUGUUUGGUUUAAUGCUGGGUUCCUAUUGUGCACAGCUAUAUGUGGAUGUCGGAUUCAUAGACCUAGCGGAUGUGAUGUUGAGUCUCCUUGAUGCUCGCUGGGUAGGGGCCUGGUGGCUGGGAGUUAUGCUAUGCGCUGGGGUGAACCUCCUGGUCGCCAUCCCCUUCUUCUUCUUGCCCAGGACCCUUCCAAGGGAAGGAGAAAAAAAUGAUGUCAAUUUAGGAACCAAGGGAAACAGAACACUGCUGCAAAGGGAAAGCGUGAGUGAGGCCAACCAGAACAUAAGUGAAAUUGCCAAAGAUUUCAUCCCGUACCUGAAACGUCUUUUUUACAACCCAAUUUAUAUGCUUUUUAUAUUAAUCACAAUGCUGCAGUUUAGUGCUUACAUCGGAAUGAUUACUUUUAUGCCGAAAUAUCUGGAGCAACAAUAUGGGAUAUCUGCAUCAGAUGCCAUCUUUUUAAUAGCGGUUUACAAUCUACCAGUUAUAUGCGCUGGAUAUUUUUUGGGAGGCUUCAUGAUGAAGAAAUUCAAAACCAGCACCUACAAAGCUGCCCACAUCGCCUUUUGGAGUUCUGUGGCUGAAUAUCUCAUCUACUUCUGUGCCUAUUUCAUGGUCUGCAAAAAUUCAUCUGUUGCUGGUUUAACGAUCUCCUAUGAAGGGGUAGAGAAUGUCUCCUACUCGGAAACAAGGUUAUUUGCAGAAUGUAACAGCCACUGUGGGUGCUCGACCAAAGUGUGGGACCCUGUUUGUGGAGAAAAUGGAAUCGCAUAUGUUUCGGCAUGCCUUGCGGGAUGUGAUGUGAUGAAUAGAACUGGGAGAAAUACAGUAUUUGGAAACUGCAGUUGCAUCCCAGCUUCGGGUUUUCCAUUAGGAAACAGGUCAGCAGUCCUGGGCCAGUGUGGCAGAGAAGAGGCGUGUGGCACCAUGUUAUACUACUAUUUAAUUUUGUCUUUAGUUUGCUGCAUAAUUUAUUCAUUUGGAGCCAUGCCGGGUUACAUGGUCCUAAUAAGGUCUCUAAAGCCUGAGGAGAAAUCCUUUGGGGUGGGACUCCACACCCUGGCAGAAAGAGUGUUUGCUGGAAUCCCAUCACCCAUUUGUUUUGGAGCUCUGAUAGAUAGCACCUGCUUGAAAUGGGGGACCAAGAGCUGUGGGGGAGAAGGAGCAUGCCGAAUGUAUGAUUCUGACACGUACAGAUUGCUGUAUCUGACUGUGCCCGCUGUCCUCCGUGCGGUAUCCUACAUCCCUUGUGUGGGCAUACUCCUGAUUUUAAGGAGACAGUCUAAGAACGUGACCAGCGGAAACCUGGAGAUCGAAGCCAAAGAGGAGGAAAAUGGAUCGGCUGAACAGAACGACAUCGCAGAUGCUCAAAAUUGUACAAGUUUACCCCUAGAAGUAAUUGAUCAUGUAAACAUGGACUCCAAUAAAGACUGA